ACGACCUCGCAUCAGCCCGUUCGCUUGUUCGUUCGAUUCGGUGCUGCGCGAGAGAACUUUCACAGAUCCACGUUUCUCCGCCAAUUGUUCCGGAGCUUGCGUUCGAGCUUCCAAUAAACAUCUGCAGUCUCUGUUUCAUCAUCAAGAAAACUCUGUAAAAAAGAAAAGCAAAUUCUGCGAAAUUUUUCAAUAUGUGAAAAUUAAUAAAACGUCCGCGAAAGCUUUUUACGUAAAGUGUAUUUAGUGAUUGCAAAAUCAUCUGCAGUCACGUUUGCUGCGCUUGUUUGUGAAUUCGUUCAAUGAAUUUGUCUGACUCGAUUGCUGUGGUUCGCUCCAGCAAUUGUCAUACAAACGUCAGGUGUGCGUGAAAAUUUCUUUCACUGCACGAGCGCGUUUUCCAGAGAAUCGGAUACAAAACUGCGAGAGCGAAAUUUGGACGUAUCGAGAGAAUUUGUGUCAAGGAUUGCGGUGUAGAAGGUCGAAGGUCGGGGUCGGGUGUGAGAAUUGCCUCGUGCGAGACAAGUGACGCCCAUCGGUUGUUUUUCCGAAGAACUGCGGAGUAUGGCGGAUGGGUGACAGAAUCCACCUGCAAACUGAAGGUGUUUUUCAGCAUCGGUGGGACCAUGUGAGGCUUCGACCAUGAGGAGUGGCGGCCAAAGCGGUGUAUGGACAGCAAGCGUAAUUAUACUGUCGAUUGGCACCUGGAUAGGCCGAGUCGGGCCACGUCCAGCGGAUGGCGAACUCGCGCAUCUAACAUCGUCGCGUGAGCGAUUGGAAACCGUUCGACAGGUUCUUUCCGAGGUGCCUUUGAUUGACGGCCAUAAUGACCUACCGUGGAAUAUCAGAAACUUUGUUCACAACCAGUUGCUGGACUUCGAUUUCGACAGAGAUCUGCGCCAAGUCGAGCCCUGGAGUAAGAGCGCAUGGAGUCAGACCGACUUGGUUAGACUGCGACAGGGCAUGGUUGGCGGCCAGUUUUGGGCCGCUUAUGUGCCGUGCGAGUCUCAGCAUCUCAACGCGGUCCAGCUGACUCUGGAGCAGGUGGACCUCAUUAAGAGGUUGAUAGAAAAAUACUCUCAGCAGAUGCAGUUUGCUGCAUCAAAGAGAGAGAUUUUGGAGGCUCACGCGAGGGGCAGAAUAGCUUCUCUGAUUGGAGUGGAGGGUGGGCAUAGUCUAGGAAGUAGUUUAGCCGUUUUAAGAACGCUCUACCAACUGGGUGUACGGUACCUCACGCUGACACACACCUGCAACACACCGUGGGCGAAAAGUUCGUCGGUGGAAGACGAAGAUGAAGAUGGCGGAGGCUUAACUGCAUUUGGCAAGGCGGUGGUUCAAGAAAUGAACAGGCUCGGAAUGCUGAUAGACCUCAGCCAUAGUGCGAGAUCGACCAUGAGAGAUGCUCUGAGGGUCAGUAAAGCGCCGCUCAUUUUUUCACACUCCUCAGCGUACGCCAUUUGUAAUUCUUCCAGAAAUGUGCCCGACGACAUUCUCAAGCAACUGGCUGAUAACGGCGGACUGGUGAUGGUCACGUUUUACAAUUAUUUCGUAAAAUGCGGACCCGAAGCCAGCGUCUCGGACGUGGCCGAGCACAUUUACUAUAUUCGAAACCUAAUUGGCGUGGACCAUAUCGGAGUUGGCGGAGAUUUUGACGGCAUCAACAAAACUCCUCGUGGUCUCGAAGACGUCUCUAAGUACCCCGAACUAUUCGCCGAACUUCUCCGUAGCGGCAAGUGGAGCGUGCUCGACCUAAAGAAAGUCGCCGGCUUGAAUUUACUGCGAGUCCUCACACAGGUGGAGCGUGUGAGGGACGAUAUGAGGACAGCGGGGAUUACGCCGUUCGAGACAUCUCUCCCGGAUUCGCCGGACACGAUCGGCAACUGCGCUCUGGAUAUUAACUCCGUGCAAAGGGUCACGGAAGUCUGAUCGAUCGACUGUACGCAACGCUCGACAACGCGCGAAUUAAUCUUAUACCUGCACACACAGUCGAUCUCCGCGCAGAUGGUCAUGACCGGGAGACAAACCGGACAACCGCCGAUUCAAGGCGCAUAUUCAAUUAUCUCGAUUACUGUGCGAAUCUGUACACGCUCAUGAAAGUUCUUCCACCUUGUGCGGAAGCUCAAUUAAAUAUCGAAGGCUCAAAAUAAACCUACCUCGAUACCUAUCUCGCAAAGGCGACGAGCUCCAAGUAUUGAUUGAUAUUUUAUUUUAAAACGUAGCUACAAAGUGCAGAAUUUUUAAUGUUUCUUUUUUUUUCUGUGAAAAUCAAGCUUCAAUUAAUAUACUCGGAUAAUAGAAGUUAUCUAUUCAAAGCUAAUUUUUCUUUCUUUUCAAUACGCAAUACACACAAAUUUAAAUAUUUUUUUGAGGCGCGUUUUUUAGCUGUAAAAAUGGCAAGUUUAUAGAUUAUUACGUUUUACACAUAGCUGUGUGGAUGAAACAAUCUGCUCGUCGCCCCUUAAUCUACUUAUAAUACACAGAAAGAUUUUUUGUACUCGAUAAAAUCCCGGUAAGCAAAUUGAGUCGGUCGUUAUUUUAAAAUCUAUGCUAUCUUGCUGUCAGCGCGUCUUCGCGAUCAUGUAAAUAUCUGAGAUCCGAGCGAUAAGGUGGAAUGCUGUCGAGUAUUCGCGUGAAGAGCGAGCGUCACUGCACGAGACUGUUUUCUAAAACUUCGAUGUCUUCCUCUCUCUGGAAACGAUCGUAAUAUGUGUGUGUGAAACUAUGAAACCUCGGCUGUAUACCUUUGAUCGUCUUCCUUCCCCUCAUUGCACCGACGAAAAAACACGUGUGUUCCACCAGAACAACAUUUUGUAGAAAGAAGAAUCGACGUCGUGUUUCUACGAGCAGCGUACAUGAUGCUCACAGAAGUUAAUCAAUAUCUUUUUCUUUUCUCUUGCAAUCACAGAUAUUUUCUUGUUUAUCGCGUAGAUACGAAAAUUUACUGCGUUCGAUAAAUUAUAUCAUAUUUUUUUAAUAAUAACAGGGUAUCAACAUUUUUCGUUAAAUAUUUUAAUUUUUGAAUUA